GGAAGUUACGCAGCGCAGCCCGGCGCCGGCCUCCCUGACGGGGGUGAGGCCGCAGCGGACUGCCCUUCCCCAAGAUGGCGUCGAAGGUGGGUUCGCGACGGUGGAUGCUGCAGCUGCUCAUGCAGUUGGGCUCAGUGUUGCUCACACGCUGCCCCUUCUGGGGCUGCUUCAGCCAGCUCAUGCUGUACGCCGAGAGGGCCGAGGCACGCCGGAAGCCCGACAUCCCAGUGCCCUACCUGUACUUCGACAUGGGGGCGGCCGUGCUGUGUGCUAGCUUCAUGUCCUUCGGAGUGAAGCGGCGCUGGUUCGCGCUGGGCGCUGCACUCCAGCUGGCCAUUAGCACCUACGCCGCCUACAUCGGGGGCUACGUCCACUACGGGGACUGGCUGAAGGUUCGUAUGUAUUCGCGCACAGUUGCCAUCAUUGGCGGUUUUCUUGUGCUGGCCAGCGGUGCUGGAGAGCUCUACCGUCGGAAACCCCGCAGCCGUUCCCUCCAGUCCACUGGCCAGGUCUUCCUGGGCAUCUACCUCAUCUGCGUGGCCUAUUCGCUGCAGCACAGCAAGGAGGACCGGCUGGCAUAUCUGAACCAUCUCCCAGGAGGGGAGCUCACGAUCCAGCUGUUCUUCGUGCUGUAUGGCGUCCUGGCCCUGGCCUUCCUGUCGGGCUACUACGUGACCCUGGCUGCCCAGAUCCUGGCUGUACUGCUGCCCCCGGUCAUGCUGCUCAUUGAUGGCAAUGUUGCCUACUGGCACAACACGCGGCGCGUUGAGUUCUGGAACCAGAUGAAGCUCCUUGGAGAGAGUGUGGGCAUCUUUGGGGCUGCUGUUAUACUGGCCACUGAUGGCUGAAUUGCACGAGAGGCUGAGAUGGGUACAGGGAGCCACUGAGGACCACCUUACCUUCCUCCUUCCUGGCCCAGUUAUGUUUAUUUAUGCUUUUUGGUCUGUUUGAUUGAUCCUUUGGGGUGUGUGUGUGUGUGUGUGUGUGUGUGUGUUAAGAGGCUGGUCUGUUCCUCAGUUCCU